GUCCUGCUAGGGCAGGACAAGCACUCAGACACCUAGGAUCGGCAGCACGCCCAAGGAACCACAGUUCCCAGCUGCCCUCGCGGCGCUGCCAGAAGCCCGUGGGCUGCUGGGAAUUGUAGUUCUCCUUUCCAACCUCGCCACCCCCUUUCCCCUCCCCGCCCGGUGUCGCUCCCCGACUGCUCGUCCAGAAACCAAGCCCACGCUAACCCCGGCGCUGGAGCUGCUCUGACGCCGACUGCAACAGCCAUUCUCCUCUCGUAGUAGCAUGGUCGGCCCAGCUCCGGCCAUUGGCCCUGGGACCUCUUUUGGGCCUUAAACUUCCUAAGAGCGUUUUGGGGGAUCGGCGCGUCAGAUCUCGCGAGUGCUCCCAAGCGCUUUCGUGAGAUCACAAUUCCUCCUCGCCUCCGGUUCCGCCACUGCAGAUCUCGCGAGAUUUUAUUUCAUGCCAGGUCCCUACAUGCCUACUGGGCUACGAGAAGAAUAUCGCGAGAACUUUACCUGCAAUUGCUUAAACAGCUUUUAAACGCCUGAAAUCUGGUGAUUAAAAAACCCUCUAUUCUAGUCUCCUCGUCGAUACUUUCUGUUACCCCUAACUCAUCUAGCCUACACUCCGUUAUGAAACGGACUGUCUUCAUUUCCUCUAAGAAUGAAUUCAACCACAGUAGGCUCGAAGCCGGAAUCCGGAAUGCUUCCGGUGGACACGCGCAGCCCAAACCCCGCCCUACUUACGUAUAACUAACUACUGUGGCCGGUGGCCGGAAAGGGACAAUGGUUUCCAUGUCAGCGACAAACGCACUUCAGGUAGUUCUUGGACCUGAUAGUUUUAAGAUUGCGGAGGAGCGAGAAGGUAGCUGAGGGAGCCUGUGCCUCUUGUAGACCAGGAGCCAUGCCGCGCCGGGGCCUAGUAGCCGGGCCAGACUUGGAUAAUUUUCAACGUCGGUAUUUCACGCCGUCAGAAGUAGCGGAACACAACCAGCUCGAGGACCUAUGGGUGUCUUACCUGGGAUUUGUUUACAAUCUAACACCGCUUGUCGAGGAAUUCAAAGGGGACCUACUGUUGAAACCCAUCCUGGAGGUCGCAGGCCAGGACAUAAGUCACUGGUUUGAUCCACAGACUAGAGACAUUCGCAAGCAUAUAGAUCCACUCACUGGUUGCAUGAGAUACCGUACCCCGCGGGGCCGCUUCGUACAUAUCCCGCCGCCACUGCCCCGUUCAGAUUGGGCCAAUGAUUUCGGAGUACCCUGGUGGAAGGGGGCAAAUUACCAGGUGGGACGACUGUCUGCUCGGACCCGGAACAUCCGUAUUAUUAACACUCUUGCAACGCAGGAGCACACACUGCAGGUGGGGGCUCAGGAAUCAAUGUGGGAAAUCCUACACCGCUAUCUCCCCUAUAAUGCACAUGCUGCCAGCUACACAUGGAAAUACGAUGGGAAGAAUUUGAACAUGGAUCAAACCCUGGAAGAAAACGGGAUCCGGGAUGAGGAAGAAGAGUUUGACUAUCUUAACAUGGAUGGUAAACUUCACACACCUGCAAUACUGCUCUACUUCAAUGAUGACCUCACAGAGCUCUAGGAAAGGAGAUGUGCGUGUAGACUCAAGAUGUUGGAGUUUGCCUCUUUCUGUUCCCUUCUGAGAAUCAGUCCGUGGUUCUUGGGCCUUUCUGACAUGCAAGGGCCUUAUCCCUGGCUCCUUUGUUCAUGGGUGAUUUGCUCAAAGAGUAUUAGAGGGGUCCUAGAAAGAAUCCCUGUAAGAGAGCUAGAGUCUCUCAGGAAUAUGAGGAGGAAGUAAGGCUCAGGCAAAACUUUUUAGUAGUUAGAGACACAGUGACGAAGGGAUGGAAGAACUUUUUUGGCAAAGGUGAGAAUGUGAUGUAGGAAGGUGAGAUUUACAAAGACAGGAUUUGGAAAUUAGCAUCACCAAUCAUAGGUGGGUGGCUGACUUCUUCUCUAAAGGUCUUUACUAGUUGGUGCCCCAGGAAACGUGAAUGCAGUUAAUUUAGGAUUGAGAUUUUGCUGGAGUUUUACACUGUUCAACUCAGCUAUCCUAUAAGGUGACUACAUUAUUCUUAAUUAAGACUAAUUAUCUAUUUCACAGAUAAUUCCUUAGGAAUUUCCCAAGGUUCUGUAGCACAAGUGCACAUUGUCAGUUACGGCAGAGCCACAGUGCCCAAGCCUGCCGAGCUCUGAAAGUCAGGCAUUUUCCAGUGUAAAGGAGCAUCCUCAGUAGCCUUGCCUAGUGCUCGCGCAUUUCCGACGGCUGCUCUCAAACCCUGUGUUUGGAAUGUGAGCUUGUCCUAGGCUUGUUGCCUGAUGGGGAUAUGUCAGCCUAUUGUGUACUCAAUAUUUGUUGUGUUUGAAGGGAGUUAAGAGAGUACUCUAGAGACAAAGGCAGGGAAGGCUAAAUUUCAGCCAAGCACUGGCAACUGAGGCUACUUCCUUGUUGAUAUCAUAGGAUUUCUGACUGUUUGGGUGCAAGAAGAUAGGUAUUUCCUGACUCUAUGAAAAACCAGAAUGGAGAAAGGGCCUGUAGCUCAAGACAUUGUAGUGAGGGACCCACAAAUGGGUACCUUUUUUUUUCCAGUAGGCCUUGCCACUAACAGACAACAAGGAAGACAGUUGGAUUUGUCAAAUGGUGACCCUAAAAGAGGUUUGUUGGGGUCAGAAGAGGGGAGCUAAGAGAGGCACACAGCUCUCAUGGUGACUGACUUCAUCUGGUUCCCUUUAUCCCUAACAGAGGAAGGGAAUUAAGACUAACAGACAAAUAGUGCCAGGCGUGGUGGCUUUAAUCCCAGCACCGGGGAGCAGAGACAGGUGGAUUUCAUGAUUUCCAGGCCAGCCUGGCCUACAGAACAAAUGCCAGGACAGCCAGGGCUACACAGAGAAAACCUGUCUCAAAACAAAACCAAAACAACAACAUAGUAACUGGUAAGUGAACAUCCCUGCAGCAGCCACAGGCAAGUAAGAGUCAAGGAGCUUGCAUCUUCCCAGUGGUGGCCUGGGACGCAGGGUGCGGUGCCACGACCUCCAUGAGACACUGGGUGGGACACACUGUCUUCUGAGAAGGUGACUGUAGGAAGCUGAGCUGAGGUGGGGCUCAAACUCCGGAUUUCAGCGAUUUCUUAAUCUGCUGAUGCUGAAGUCGUUCACUUAGUCCCAUGCAACCUAAGAGUCCAUAAAUUGUUUGGAUCCAUCAAUCGUGAUAUUUAGUAAGCUCAUAAAUGAUCUUAUUUAAACUAUUUGAGAGCCAAAGCCGUUUCUUCCAUGACAUCCUGAGGGAAUGCUCUGGGGUGUGCUCAUUUGACCAAGCUUGUCUCUUUUCCAGGACAUCCCACUUGUAGAUUAUUUUCCUGGGAUGGGGUGGGGGUGUGUCUCAUGUCGGGGGUGUGUGACUCAUUAUGUAGCCCUGGCUCGCCAGGACUCAGAGGUCACUUGCCUGUUCACAACUUCUUGUUAGACACACACUCCUUUCCCUGUAUACCCAAGCACUCAUCAGCUCCAUCUCUUUGGAAUCCGUCCUUUUGUCUAACAGAAUAACCAUCUUUGGUACUGGGAAACUUCCUGAUGCCCAUUUUCUACUUCUGCCUUCACAAACUUAAGUAUCUUACUUUCUGCCUCGGAUCUUCAGUGGGUUUCUCGUGCUUUUGGAAUAAAGCCCUAAAUUCAAGAAGCCUUGCGCAAGUCAGGCCCUGCCUUCCUCGCCCCCUCACAGUCCUUGUCCUGCAAGCCGUGAGGUCUCCUCCUGCCUCAGUUAGCAGAGAAGCUGUUCUCAGCCCACCACACCCUUCUGCUUUGCACCUUGAGAAUCCUAACUAGUCAGUUUUUUUUCUUUGUCUUUUUUGGCCCCACUUUAGCAGUAUGCAUUUUCUCUAUGUUCUUAUUAUCACUUUAAAACUGUGUAGACAGAGCCGGGCAGUGGUGGAGCACGCCUUUAAUCCCAGCACUCAGGAGGCAGAGGCAGGCAGAUUUCUGAGUUCAAGGCCAGCCUGGUCUACAGAGUGAGUUCCAGGAUAGGCAGGGCUACACAGAGAAACCUUGCCUUGAAAAAACAAAAAAACAAACAAAAACAAAACCCACAAAAAACAAACUGUGUAGACUGGGUGAAAAUGGCUGGCUGGCUGCUAGAUUGUAAGCUCAUGAGGGCAGAAACCUCAUUCCUUUCUGUAUUCUCAUUGCUGAACACAUAGCUGCUGCUCAAUAAAUACGACUGAAUGAGCUCAGAAUUCAUCUGCAA